AUGCCUCUUCCUAUGCAUCCUAUGCAGACAAGGUCUAAGAGUGGUAUUGUCAAGCCUAAGCCAUUUGAGGAUUAUCAAUGCUAUCUUACUACUAUUCCAUCCUUUCAUGAAGCUGCUGAACCAGCUACUUAUAAGGCUGCAUCUCAGUCCUCUGUUUGGAUACAGGCUAUGAGGGAAGAAAUUGAAGCUUUGCACACCCAAGGUACAUGGGAUUUAGUUCCUAUGCCUGUGGAUAAAAACAUUGUUGGUAGCCGAUGGGUUUAUAAAGUCAAGAAGAACUCAGAUGGGUCUGUAGCAAGACAUAAGGCUCGCUUGGUUGCACAAGGUUUCAGUCAAGCCCCUGGUCUAGAUUUUAGUGAGACUUUUAGUCCUGUUGUAAGGCAUACAACGGUUAGAUUGGUUUUGAGCAUUGCUGCUAUGAACAAGUGGUCUCUUAGACAACUUGAUGUGAAAAAUGCUUUUCUUCAUGGUGAUCUUGAAGAAGAAGUGUGUAUGCGCCAACCUCAAGGUUUUGAAGACUCUGCAUAUCCAACCCAUGUUUGUCGAUUGAGAAAAUCUCUUUAUGGACUAAAGCAAGCACCUAGAGCUUGGAAUGCAAAGUUCACAGGUCAUCUUCCAGCCCUUGGUUUUACUGUUUCUCAUUCUGAUCCAAGCCUCUGUGUUAAGCGUGUUGGUUCAGAUAAUGUCAUUCUUUUACUCUAUGUUGAUGAUAUCAUCUUGACUGGUUCUAAAGAUAGUUUAGUCCAAGAGGUUAUUGAUGAAUUAAGUGCUGUGUUUGAAAUGAAAGAUAUGGGGCGGUUAACCUACUUCUUAGGAUUGCAGAUUUCUUAUCAUGAUAAUGGAGAUAUCUUUGUAUGUCAAACAAAAUAUGCUAGAGAAUUACUUGCAAAGGCUGGUAUAGAUACAUGUCGACCUUGUACUACUCCAUGUAAGCCACAUUGUCAGCUUUUGGCUUCGGAGGGUGACUCCUUAUCGGAUCCAACCAUCUACAGGAGUAUUGUUGGGGCACUGCAGUAUUUAACAUUCACUAGACCUGAUCUUUGUUAUGCUGUUAAUACUGUCUGUCAGUAUAUGACUCAACCUUCAGAUUUACAUUUUCAGUUGGUUAAGCGCAUCCUGAGAUAUAUUCAUGGUACUUUGGAUCAUGGUCUGACUUUUACAAGUGGAUCUUGGGAUCUUCAUGCUUAUAGUGAUGCAGAUUGGGCUUCAGAUGUGAAUACUCGUAGAUCAACUACUGGUUUUGUGGUUUAUCUUGGCAACAAUCCAGUUUCUUGGCAGUCUAAGAAGCAAAAUUCUGUUUCUAGAAGUUCAACUGAGGCUGAGUACAGGGCAUUAGCUAAUACAACAGCUGAUCUAGCUUGGGUUCGACAGGUUUUACUUGAUUUAAAGGUAUUCUUACCACAGCCUCCUACAAUACAUUGUGACAAUCUUUCAGCCCUUGCUUUAAGUUCAAAUCCUGUGUAUCAUUCUCGGAUCAAACAUUUAGAUAUUGACUUUCAUUUUGUAAGAGAAAGAGUACAGAAGAAAGACUUGAUUAUGCAGUAUAUUCCCACUGAAGAACAAGUAGCAGACAUCUUCACAAAGGAAUUACAUGGUCCUAUUUUUCUGAGACAUUGCAGGAAUCUGCAACUUAGCAGCUCAGCUGGGUUUGAGGGGGAAUGA